AUGAGCGAGUUCGUUGCCAUCGAAAAUAUACGUCUUCGACAAGAGGAGAAACGUGACAGGCAGCUGUAUGGCCUGGAAACUCGAAGAAUAGAGGUUGACCAUGAGCGUAUCCAAGUGUUACGCAUGUUUGCUGACAUAACACAAGCAUGGUUUGACCACUAUCGGAGUAAAGAUAAUACUGAGCAAUUAGAUCGUACUCCAUAG